CACGCAGCACGCGCGACGUGACGGGAAGGCGAGUUAGGGGCCGAAUUCAAGUUGACAAGCAUUUUGCCCGCAACCAUGGAUGACGAUUUAUACGACGAGUUCGGCAACUUCAUUGGCGAGGAGGCCGAAGCUUCUGAGGAAGAAUCCGAACAUGGGGUGGACGUGGGUAACUAUGCCUACGACGAAUACCCCGAAGCCGCCGCAGAGGCGCCCGCUGCGGAGCAGAUGGACAUUGAUGAUGAAGGGCCAUCAAACGCAGUCGUCCUCCAUGAAGACAAGCAGUACUACCCAACCGCGGCGCAAGUGUACGGAGAGGGAGUCGAGACAUUGGUACAGGAGGAGGAUGCGCAGCCUUUGACUCAGCCGAUUGUUGCCCCGGUUGAGCACAAGAAGUUCAGCAUUGAGGAGGCAGACCUACCGCCGGUCUAUUUCGACCGCAACUUCAUGACCGAUCUCAUGAAUUUCCCAGAACAGAUCCGCAACAUCGCUUUGGCGGGGCACCUGCACCAUGGCAAGACUGCGUUUAUGGACAUGCUGGUCCUGGAGACCCACGCCAUCACAGAUAGGUUGGAUAAGCGGACAGGGAAAAAGCGUGACGAGCAGCUCCGAUACACUGACGUACAUGUCAUCGAGCGGGACCGAGGGCUGUCGAUCAAGGCCGCGCCCAUGAGCCUUGUUCUCCAAAACACAAAAGGGAAAUCACACCUCUUCAACAUCAUCGACACACCGGGGCAUGUGGAUUUUGUCGACGAGGUUGCCGCUUCUCUCCGGCUCGUGGACGGAGUUUGCCUAGUGGUGGACGUUGUGGAAGGUGUCCAGGCCAACACGGAGCAGAUCAUUAAACACGCCGUACUCGAAGAUAUUCCCCUUACUCUGAUUGUCAACAAGAUGGAUCGCUUGAUACUCGAGCUCAAAAUCCCGCCUAACGACGCAUACUACAAGCUGAAGCAUGUCAUCGAGGAAGUCAACAAGGUCAUCGAGGACACGAUUCCCGGCCGAGGCGUGGAGAAGAGGGUGAGUCCCGAAAAGGGGAACGUUCUCUUCUCUUGUACAUCGAUGGGCUGGUGCUUCACCCUGGCGUCUUUCGCCAAGAUGUACUCCGACAGCUUCGGCGGCAUUAACAUUGACGAAUUCGCCCGGCGGCUGUGGGGCGACGUCUACUUCAACCCUCGGAAACGCAACUUUACCAGAAAGCCGAUUGAGAAGGAGGCCAAGAGGUCCUUUGUCAACUUCGUCAUGGAGCCGAUAUACAAACUUUACUCGCACACGAUCAGCGAGAGCCCGGAGGACCUGAAGAAGACGUUGGGGAAGCUUGGAAUAGAGCUCAAACCGUCUCAGUACAAGUCAGACCCGAAGGUGCUCAUGAAACUGGUGUGCGAGCAAUUCUUUGGACCAUCAACAGGGUUCGUGGACAUGGUGUGCCAACAUAUUCCCUCGCCAGUAGAGGCUGCCGAGAAGAAGCUGUCUCAGUAUUACACCGGUCCGCUCGAUACAAAGGUGGCAGAGUCGAUGAAGAAGUGUGACCAAAACGGACCGCUAGUCAUCCAUGUGACGAAGCUGUUCAACACUUCUGACGCCAAGAGUUUCUACUCGUUCGGCCGUGUGAUGAGCGGCAUUGUGCGGCCGGGCACCGAGGUUCGAGUGCUCGGUGAGGGUUACUCUAUUGAUGACGAGGAGGACAUGGUGCUAGGGAAGGUCUCGGAUGUUUUCAUUGCCGAAACGCGAUACAAUAUCCCGACCGACGGUGUUCCGGCAGGUAACUGGGUACUCCUAGGAGGUGUUGACAACUCGAUUGUCAAAACCGCCACGAUCGUCGACAAAAAGUUCGAGGAUGAAGAGGACGCAUACAUCUUCAAGCCAUUAUCUCACUUCACCGAGUCUGUUCUCAAGGUCGCAGUCGAACCGAUCAACCCAUCAGAGCUUCCCAAGAUGCUUGACGGCAUCAGAAAGAUCAACAAGAGCUACCCGCUGAUCGCAACCAAAGUGGAGGAGUCAGGAGAGCACGUCAUCCUCGGUACUGGGGAACUGUACAUGGACUGCGUACUGCACGAUCUGCGGCGGCUAUACGCCGAUAUGGAGGUCAGGGUGUCUGACCCUGUCGUCCGGUUUUGCGAAACGGUGCAAGACAUGUCAGCCACGAAGUGUUAUGCCAUCACACCCAACAAGAAGAACACUAUCACCAUGGCAGCGGAACCCUUGGAUGACGGGAUAGCCAAGGACAUCGAGUCGGGUGCGGUCCGGAUACGGGACCCAGUGAGGAAGACAGCCAAGUUCUUUGAGGAGAAGUACGGCUGGGAUAUGCUCGCGGCGAGGAGCAUCUGGGCAUUCGGUCCCGACGAGAUGGGGCCGAACAUUCUACAAGAUGAUACACUACCAACAGAGGUUGACAAGAAGCGGCUCAACACGGUUAAAGAGUCGAUUCGCCAGGGGUUCAGCUGGGCCACCCGUGAAGGCCCGCUAUGUGAAGAGCCCAUACGCAACACCAAGUUCCGACUUAUCGAUAUCGAACUGGCACAGGAAGCCAUCUUCCGCGGUGGCGGACAGAUCAUCCCCACGGCUCGCCGGGCGUGCUAUUCGUCUUUCCUGAUGGCCUCGCCGCGUCUCAUGGAACCCGUGUACUCGGUCUCGAUGACGGGCCCGCAGGAUUCGGUCAGCACCGUCUACAACAUUCUUGCCCGCCGCCGGGGUCACGUCUUGUCCGACGGCCCCAUCGCGGGCACUCCCCUCUACCGGGUCGACGGCCUGCUGCCCGUGAUUGACAGCUUCGGGUUCGAGACCGACCUGAGGAUCAAUACUCCCGGACGUGCCAUGGUCAGUCUCGUGUUCGACCGCUGGAGCAUCGUGCCAGGCGACCCGCUCGAUCGCGAGCAGGUCACGCGGCCGCUACAAAUGGCGGCCCCUCUGGCAACGGCGAGGGAUUUUGUGCUCAAGACUCGGAGGCGGAAGGGGUUGAGCGAGGAUGUGACGGUGGCCAAGUUUCUGGAGCCCGAGUUCUACCAGAAACUGCUCGAGGAGGGGACGCUGGAUGGCGUCUGAUGUUGUCGUCCUCUCUCUCGUCCAGCUGCUCUGGCUGGAAGUGGUUCUCAUCUCUAUCUGAUAUGGUGUUGGGGCGUCAAGGGGAGAAAUGGAAAGAUGUGCUACUACUUAACGAGACGGGUUGGCCUUGAUAUGUGGUGGUAAAAUUCGGCCGUUGCUUGUGUCUAUCUAUGCAGAUACAAAGAAAAGGUAUCAUGACUUUUACUCCGUACCCGUCAAUGACCGUCCCUGGUGCCCCCGAGGUGCGGUUUACCUGGAGCAGUACGGCAGAGAAGCAAAGAGCAGUUAUCCGUGACAUCUGCGGCUUUUGCGGAUUGUUCAUCAUCUAGAGAAGUUUUAUGCUGUUCACCUUUGCUUGACCAACUUUGUUGACCCUUUCUUUUUUUU